GACUUUUUUGAAUUGUUAAGGCUUCCCAUUCACUCUUCCCCCCCGGGGUUAUCCUGCCUCUGUGGUUCCAGCGUUUAGCAGGUUGUAGGUAAGGAGCUCUUUUCUUCGCACGCUUGUCUUGAGCGUCCCAAUCACUGGUGACUGGUCUUUGAUUUUGUGCUGAAGGCACAGUACGAUAAAUGCACUGUGAUGAUUCCCAAUCUAUACCUAAAUUAUCCUUAAUAUGAUCAUAGGAGAAGCGAGAGAUGUAGCCUACCAAAUGUGCAGUGCACGGCACAACAAGUGUUAUUCAUUUCUCCAAUUAAUAAGUGUCAAUGUCUCCUGAGGAUGCUCACAUGCAUAUUCAUGUAUUUUCAAUGCUGUGGUUCUUCAGGGAGGGACAGCUCUGAUGAUGGAGAAUGGACAGGGCACAGGCGCAAAGCUUGGCCUGCCGCCUCUCACCCCAGAGCAGCAGGAGGCACUACAAAGGGUGAGCCUACUACAUAUACAUGACUAAAUAGAGGUGUAUACAUCAUGUUUCAACAUUAGUCAGUUUGCCUGCGGUUCCUUUAUUCUCUCACUCUGAAUGACUUUUCUUCAGGCAAAGAAGUAUGCCAUGGAGCAGAGCAUUAAAAGUGUCUUAGUGAAGCAGACCAUUGCUCAUCAGCAGCAACAGCUUACCAACUUACAGGUGAGAUGUGCAGAAUGAUAUACUCUUACAACUGCAACUGAACUUGACAUGCCAUUGACCAUAUGUUCUUAUCUCUUAACACCACCCACAGGCACUUAAUUAUAGGCUCAUAUCUAAGAGUAACUGGGGCCAUUAGCAAGAUUGUCACAUAGUCAUAUCGAAUUACUAUCUGCCCUGGGAGCUUUGUAGGUAUGAAACAUUAAUUUUAUUGUUUAGUAGUACAAAACAUAGCAGCACAGCAUAUAAAGUAUAUUUGUCUGCCUACGAUGAUAGGAUGGGUGUCCUCUUGCUUCUGCCUAUUUUAUUUCAGCUGGAGAAGAUCAACAUGAAGACUUUGUUAAACAUGUUGAAUGCUUUGCACUUGUUUUCAAAUAGGGGUUUUGAUUGUGGGGGUGAUAUUGUGAAAUGGUUUUGGGGCAGUCUGCAGAGGGAAAGUCAAAAUCAGUCGGGAAAGCUUUUUAUGGGGAGUGUGUAAUGUGUGUGUCGAAAAGCUGAUGUAUAGCAAAGGAAGAACAUUUAAAAAAGCAAAGCUUAAAGAUAUAUCUAACCUACUUUUCAGUACCUUUUUCAUCUUUACUGUCUUUCAGAUGGCAGCAGUGACAAUGGGCUUUGGAGAUCCUCUCUCACCUUUACAAUCGGUCAAUAGAUAUUACACUUUUUUCUCUGUCCGCAUUCAUGAUAAAAAGGACUGUUACCCUUUUUUGAUCGGCCACUCUGGGCUCCAUCCUAGCCAUUGCAGCUGACCAAAUAACUCAUAUUUCAAAAGAAGACAUGGUUAUUAAUAUUAUAAUUAUGAGGGACAAGUUUUUAUACAAUGUGCUGUGUCUGCUUAAUUCAGUCUGGUUAAAGCUGCAAAAUGUAACUUUUUGGUGACCCGGCCAAAUUCAUAUAUAAAUGUGAGUUAUACAUCUGUCAUUCUCAUUGAAAACAAGUCUAAGAAGCGGUAGAUCUGUUCUAUGUGCACUAUUUCUAUGCUUCCCAUUCUUAAGUUUAGUUUUUGCAUCUUUUACUUUCAGUUUUGUACACCAGCUUCAAACAGCUGAAAAUAUAAUAUUUUUGGUUAUUGAAAAUAUAUUUCACAGCAGUUUAGAUGGUACAAUGAUUCUCUACACUAUACAUUGCUUGUUUUGUCACACAAACCGAAAUUAUGUGAACUAUUAGAAUUUUUGCAACCAGGAAAUGGUGGAGCGAGUUCUGCAUAUUGCACCUUUAAUGAAGCCUUGUGUCUGUAUGCCCACUGCUCCAUUUCAGAAGAAAUGCCCUGAAGUACUUCAGCUAGUGGCAACAGCUGUUAGUCUAUGUUUUUUAAACUGAAAGAGAUUCAUAAUGAAAAUUUGGGAUUUGUAUGAAUUCAUAUACACUACAUGGUGAAAAGUGUGGACACCCCUUCAAAUUAGUGGGUCUGGCUAUUUCAGCCACACCCAUUACAGGUGUAUAAAAUCGAGCACACAGCCAUGCAAUCUCCAUAGACAAACAUUGGCAGUAGAAUGGGCCGUACUGAAGAGCUCAGUGACUUUCAACGUGGCACCGUCAUAGGAUGCCACCUUUCCAACAAGUCAGUUCUUCAAAUUUCUGCCCUGUUAGAGUUGCCCCGGUCAACUGUAAGUGCUGUUAUUGGGAAGUGGAAACGUCUAGGAGCAACAACGGCUCAGCCGCAAAGUGGUAGGCCACACCAGUUCACAGAACGGGACCGCCGAGUGCGGAAGCGUGUAAAAAUGUCUGUCCUCGGAAUACUCACUACCGAGUUCCAAACUGCAUCUGGAAGCAACGUCCGCACAAGAACUGUUCGUCGAGCAGCUGUACCAAGCCUAAGGUCACCAUGCGCAAUGCCAAGCGUCGGCAGGAGUGGUGUAAAGCUCGCCACCAUUGGACUCUGUAGCAGUGGAAACGCAUUCUCUGGAGUAAUGAAUCACGUUUCACCAUCUGGCAGUCCGAUGGACGAAUCUGGGUUUGGCAGAUGCCAGGAGAACGCUACCUGCCCGAAUGCAUAGUGCCAACUGUAAAGUUUAGGGAAGGAGGAAUAAUGAUUUGGGGCUGUUUUUCAUGGUUCGGGCUAGGCCCCUUAGUUCCAGUGAAGGGAAAUAUUAACGCUACAGUAUACAAUUACAUUCUAGACGAUUCUGUGCUUCCAACUUUGUGGCAAUAUUUUGGGUAAGGCCCUUUCGUGUUUCAGCAUGACAAUGCCCCCGUGCACAAAGCGAGGGCCAUACAGAAAUGGUUUGUCGAGAUCGGUGUGGAAGAACUUGACUGGCUUGCGCAGAACACUGACCUCAACCCGAUCGAACACCUUUGGGAUGAAUUGGAACGCAGACUCCGAGCCAGCCCUAAUUGGCCAACAUCAGUGCCCGACCUCACCAAUGCUCUUGUGGCUGAAUGGAAGCAAGUCCCAACAGCAAUGUUCCAACAUCUAGUGGAAAGCCUUUCCAGAAGAGUGGAGGCUGUUAUAGCAGCAAAGGGGGGACCAACUCCAUAUUAUUGCCCAUGAUUUUCGAAUGAGAUGUUCGGUGAGCAGGUGUCCACAUACUUUUGGCCAUGUAUUGUAUUUGAGCACAAUACAAACCUCCAUUAGGGGAUUUUUAGCAGGACAUUUAUUAUGGCUUUUUGCACUAUAGCCUGAAAUCGCUAUGUAAAGGUGGUUGAGAAUAUCAAUGCAGGGAAGUUCAUGUCUUCUUUAUAAAUAUAAUGUUACUUUGCAUUGAUUGAAGCUGAGAAAGCCAGCUUUGGUAUGGGGCUAAAGAGGGUUAGCAGUCUUUUUCAAUAACUAAAAUGAGAGUUCUUCUCAAACAGGAAUCCCUAAUUGGCAAUCUCAAAUGUUAUGUUGUAAAAUAGGAAAUCACUUUUCUCUUAUGUAAUAGAUUAGGCUGUUACUAGUUUGCUUGCGGGUGAUAAAGCAGCUAUGCUUGAGUAAAAGGAACCAGUAAACUGCUUAGAGUGAUUACCCGUCCCUCCUUCCCCUUAGAGACGUAAGUGUAAAAUGCUUUCCUCAGGCUUUUUAUCUUUGUAUGGAUGCUUUUCAACUGAUACACAGUGCUGUGAAAAAGUACUUGCUCCCUUAAUGUUCUCUACUUUUGCAUAUUUUUGAUACUGAAUGUUUUCAGAUCUUCAACCAAAACCUAAUAUUAGAUAAAGGGAACCUGAGUGAACAAAUAACACAACAAUUACAUAGUUCAUGAACAAAGUUAAGUAUACUUUUUUGUUGUUGUUAUUUGUAAACUCAGGUUCCCUUUAUCUAAUAUUAGGUUUUGGUUGAAGAUCUGAUAACAUUCAUUAUCAAAAAUAGAGAAAAUCAGAAAGGGGGCAAAUACUUUUACAUGUAGGAGUUGAUUUUGUUUGUUCUCCAUGUUGAAAUGUCAUCUUAUAUGCACCCCUGGACUACAGGUCAGUUUCAGGGGCUAAAUAUUAGCGAGGGGCAUGCAUGCCCAUCACCUCUAGUGCUUUCACCCAUAUAAAUGCAGUAAUGAUACAGAUUUUUAAAAAGUUAUGUAGCUGUGUAAGUUCCUGCAUUUACAAAAUUGUUGAUAUAUUUUGUUAUAUACUGAACAAAAAUAUAAACGCAACAUGUAAAGUGUUGGUCCCAUGUUUCAUGAGCUAAAAAAGCUUAUUUCUUUCAAAUGUUGUUUACAUCCCUGUAGUGAGCAUUUCUCCUUUGCUAAAAUAAUGUAUCCACCUGACAGGUGUGGCAUAUUAAGAAGCUGAUUAAAAAGCAUGAUCAUUGCACAGGUGCACCUUGUGCUGGACACUCUAAAAUGUUUAGUUUUGUCACACUACACAAUGCCACAGAUGUCUCAAGAUUUGAGGGAGCGUGCAAUUGGCAUGCUGACUGCAGGAAUGUCCACCAGAGCUGUUGCCGCCUCCAACGUUGUUUUAGAGAAUUUGGCAGUAUGUCCAACCGGCCUCACAACCACAGACCAAGUAACCAUGCCAGCCCAGGACCUCCACAUCCGGCUUCUUCACCUGUGAGAUCGCCUGAGACCAGCCAUCCGGACAGCUAAUGAAACUAAGGAGUAUUUCUGGAAAACCCAUUCUGAUUGGCUGGGCCUGGCUCCCCAGUGGGUGGGCCUAUGCUCUCCCAGGCCUAAUUUAUUUAAAUUGACUGAUAUCCUUAUAUGAACUGUAAUCUUUGAAAUUGUUGCAUGUUGCGUUUAUAUUUUUGUUCAGUAUAGAUAGCAAUAGUCACAUCCAUUUUUCAGGACUCUUUUAUGUAUAUGCCCAGAUUGCAUCCAUCCCUGACAUUGGCCUGUACAUCUGUUUUUGGGAAAAGCAAACACAAUAGAGAAUUACAAAUAUUCCCAGUGAUUUACAUAAUGAGAAAAUACAAAUUUACCCAUACACAUCUAGAUUGAUUUAGUGUGUUCUUUCUUUCUUUGGCCCCCUAAGCAUCAUGGUGUGUUUUUCUCCGUGGUUACCAGGUGGCGGCUCAGCGGCAGCGGGCUCUAGCCAUCAUGUGCCGGGUAUAUGUGGGCUCCAUAUACUAUGAGCUCGGGGAGGACACCAUCAGACAGGCCUUUGCCCCCUUCGGCCCCAUCAAGAGCAUUGACAUGUCAUGGGACUCCGUUACAAUGAAGCACAAGGUCAGUUUAUAGAGCACGCUCAAACUACAUCGUCACACAGCAUUGCAAUAGGAUUAAUCAUAUGAAUGAAAUGUUUGAAUCACAACCGGAGAAUUUGGCAUGCUCGUUUCUGUAAUGCACUGAACUGUUGUCCCAUGGGUCUAUGUCUGUCUGUGUGCAGGGCUUUGCCUUUGUGGAGUAUGAGAUCCCGGAGGCUGCACAGCUGGCUCUGGAGCAGAUGAACUCGGUUAUGCUCGGGGGCAGGAACAUCAAGGUGAGUGGCCUGGAGAGGCAGCCUGUCCUGCCCAGUGGAAGUGGACCUCUCAGAACCCCCUCCCUAUACCCCUGGAAAGAGGGGUGCUCCUGCUAUCAUCUUUUUAACCUUUUUAUCUUUUAAUUUCUAUUGAGGAUGCAUGGAGACAGUUUGGACGUCCCCUUUUCUCAUUUCGCUCCUUGUGUGUAACUGAGCUAUUUCUGUGUGAGUCACUAAUUGGUAGUAUCUGUAAUUCUGUAUAGAAGUGUAUCUAAAGCCACUCAUUUCUUUGUCUUUCUUUGCUUGUAUGUAUGUCCAUUCAUUUAAAGGUGUGUGUGUUUGGGUGCGUGUGUGCGCGGGUGUGUUUUUGUGAAUGUCUGUGCUGUCUUCUGCUUCCAUGAUGUCAUCACCACAUUGUUUUAGUGACCAGUUCCUCUAGGAGGCCCGGGCAGCGUGUGAUGAUGCGUUGCUCUGUGUCCGAGAUGUGCUGAUGAUGGGCUGCGCCUGGUUGGUGUCGCUUGGCCGCCCCACCUGGAGCACAGAUCAUAUACUACAAAGCCGCUCAUAGAGAAGCUCCAAACACUAGCCUAUAGAUGACAGUUGUUAGAGGAGAUACCUCUGAGACAUUUCCGUCGUUGACAGUGUAGUGCCAGCCACAGGUCUUGUUAAUUUAUAGGUAUUUCCACUAGUUGAUCCUCAGCUGCAGCUCCGGCUUAAGGCAGUCUGAACAGGCCUUUCUUUUAGUGUUGGUCAAAAAUGCCUGUGUGAGUGAACAAGUUUCAGUAGCAGCUUUUACAGUAUAAUUAUCUUCAUGAAUUUCAGAUAUGCUAUAAUCUUCUUUUAGUUUCAUGAUUUCUUUUCAGAUUGUUUUUUUAUGUGAUCUUCGCUAUAGUCCAUUUCAGGUGACGACUUUGAAGUGAUUAAGUUGUUGGUAUGUUUUCAUAGUCUAGAAAGAAAAAAAAGUGAGUGUGCAAGAAAAUAGUGUGUCAAUAGAAGGCAUUGUCUCUAGACUAUAGUGCAGGUUGUCUUACAUUUCAUAUCACUCGUAUUACCUUAGCCUAAGCCCUGGUGGACAGAUGCAGUUUAGCAAGGCUAGUGUAAACUUGGCUAAGAAUACAUUAGGCUGCAAUUACAAAGAGAAAGCGGUUCCUUUCGAUCUCUAAUAGAGCAUUUCCAUACAGGAUUUACCCCAAAGGCUCAGACUUUUCUGUGUCCAUCUACGCGGGCCGGCACCCGUGUCUUACUGGGCCAUGGCUCCGGCGGACCUGCUCUGACUUGGGGCCAAAGCCAGGCCACUGGUACUUUUCAGCUUGCAUUUACAUAACAAUGGCUAACUGUGAACUUUAGCAACUGUUUUGAGCAGAGUUGUUGAGUCUGCUCUUCACAUGCUUCACUGUCAGCCCUAGCUAUGGAAACACCGAUUCCCUAGUAUACCAUAAGUGAGUAUACACUCGUGUAACGCUGGUGUUACAGUUCGAAAAGCAACAUAAUUGCAUUGCCCCGAGUUGAAGGCGUUAAGUGGUUUUGGAGCUCGAGGUGUUGCGUUGCUUGGUCAGUGGCUGUGACACCCCACUCAUUGGCCCUGUGCUGGUAUCUGUGCUGUAGGUGGGGCGGCCAGGUAACAUUGGUCAGGCGCAACCCAUCAUCGACCAGCUGGCAGAGGAGGCACGCGCCUACAACCGGAUCUACGUUGCUUCCGUCCACCCCGACCUCUCAGACGAGGACAUCAAGAGCGUCUUUGAGGCCUUCGGGAGGAUCAAGUCCUGCACGUUAGCCAGGGACCCCACCACGGGAAGACACAAGAGCUUUGGCUUCGUCGGUGAGCAGAGGGGCCCCUGGCGGGUGGCGGCCCUCAGGAUGUGCUGUUGCUGUGUGUUUGUCCUCCUCCUAACUCCUCCCCCCUCCCUCUCUCCCUGGCAGAGUAUGACAAGCCCCAGUCGUCCCUGGACGCAGUGUCCUCCAUGAACCUGUUUGACCUAGGGGGCCAGUACCUGCGGGUGGGCAAGGCUGUGACCCCUCCCAUGCCCAUGCUGACCCCCACCCAGCCUGGUGGCCUGCCGCCCGCUGCAGCCGUGGCUGCUGCAGCAGCCACCGCUAAGAUAACGGCCCAGGCAAGUAUGAUUCCCUUCCAAAGGGAUCUAUUGGCCUUCCAGGUAAAUAUACCUCUGAUAUACAGUGAGGGAAGAAAGUAUUUGAUCCCCUGCUGAUUUUCUACGUUUACCCACUGACAAAGACAUGAUCAGUCUAUAAUUUUAAUGGUAGGUUUAUUUGAACAGUGAGAGACAGAAUAACAACAAAAAAAAUCCAGAGAAAAAUGUUAUAAAUUGAUUUGCAUUUUAAUGAGGGAAAUAAGUAUUUGACCCCUCUGCAAAACAUGACUUAGUACUUGGUGGCAAAACCCUUGUUGGCAAUCAGGUCAGACGUUUCUUGUAGUUGGCCACCAGAUUUGCACACAUCUCAGGAGGGAUUUUGUUCCACUCCUCUUUGCAGAUCUUCUCCAAGUCAUUAAGGUUUUGAGGCUGACGUUUGGCAACUCGAACCUUCAGCUCCCUCCACAGAUUUUCUAUGGGAUUAAGGUCUGGAGACUGGAUAGGCCACUCCAGGACCUUAAUGUGCUUCUUCUUGAGCCACUCCUUUGUUGCCUUGGCCGUGUGUUUUGGGUCAUUGUCAUGCUGGAAUACCCAUCCACGACCCAUUUUCAAUGCCCUGGCUGAGGGAAGGAGGUUCUCACCCAAGAUUUGACGGUACAUGGCCCCGUCCAUCGUCCCUUUGAUGCGGAGAAGUUGUCCUGUCCCCUUAGCAGAAAAACACCCCCAAAGCAUAAUGUUUCCACCUCCAUGUUUGACGGUGGGGAUGGUAUUCUUGGGGUCAUAGGCAGCAUUCCUCCUCCUCCAAACACGGCGAGUUGAGUUGAUGCAAAAGAGCUCCAUUUUGGUCUCAUCUGACCACAACACUUUCACCCAGUUCUCCUCUGAAUCAUUCUGAUGUUCAUUGGCAAACUUCAGACGGCCCUGUAUAUGUGCUUUCUUGAGCAGGGGGACCUUGCGGGCGCUGCAGGAUUUCAGUCCUUCACGGCGUAGUGUGUUACCAAUUGUUUUCUUGGUGACUAUGGUCCCAGCUGCCUUGAGAUCAUUGACAAGAUCCUCCCGUGUAGUUCUGGGCUGAUUCCUCACUGUUUUCAUGUUCAUUGCAACUCCACAAGGUGAGAACUUGCAUGGAGCCCCAGGCAGAGGGAGAUUGACAGUUCUUUUGUGUUUCUUCCAUUUGCAAAUAAUCACACCAACUUUUGUCACCUUAUCACCAAGCUGCUUGGCGAUGGUCUUGUAGCCCAUUCCAGCCUUGUGUAGGUCUAUAAUCUUGUCCCUGAAAUCCUUGGAGAGCUCUUUGGUCUUGGCCAUGGUGGAGAGUUUGGAAUCUGAUUGAUUGAUUGCUUCUGUGGACAGGUGUCUUUUAUACAGGUAACAAACUGAGAUUAGGAGCACUCCCUUUAAGAGUGUGCUCCUAAUCUCAGCUCGUUACCUGUAUAAAAGACACCUGGGAGCCAGAAAUCUUUCUGAUUGAGAGGGGGUCAAAUGCUUAUUUCCCUCAUUAAAAUGCAAAUCAAUUUAUAAUUUUUUUUACAUGAGUUUUUCUGGAUUUUUUUGUUAUUCUCUCUCACUGUUCAAAUAAACCUACCAUUAAAAUUAUAGAUUGAUCAUUUCUUUGUCAGUGGGCAAACGUACAAAAUCAGCAGGGGAUCAAAUACUUUUUUCCCUCACUGUAGGUAGCUAGGUGUGACCAUAAUUCAAAAUGUGCUCAGUAAAGUUUUAAUAUACUAAAGAUAGAAAUAUAAUUUGUAUAUAAAGCUUACUAUUCUAUUUUCUGUGUGCUUUAAGUAACAUACACUGAGUGUACAAAAUAUUAAGAAUGCUCUUUCCAUGAUAUAGACUGAGCAGGUGAAAGCUAUGUUCUCUUAUUGAUGAUGAGACCGGUUAAAGAAGGAUUUUUAAGCCUUGAGACAAUUGAGACAUGGAUUGUGUAUGUGUGCCAUUCAGUUGGUGAAUGGACAAAAUAUUGAAGUGCCUUUGAACGGGGUAUGGUAGUAGGUGCCAAGUGCAGCGGUUUGUGUCAAGAACUGCAACGCUGCUGGGUUUUUCUUGCUCAACAGUUUCCCAUGUGUAUCAAGAAUGGUCCACCACCUAAAGGACAUCCAGCCAACUUGACACAACUGUGGGAAACAUUGGAGUCAACAUGGGCCAGCAUCCAUGUGGAACGCUUUCGACAACUUGUAGAGUCCAUGCCCCGACGAAUUGAGGCUUUUCUGAGGCGAAAUGGGGGUGGUGCAUCUCAGUAUAGGAAGGUGUUCUUAAUGUUUUGUACACAGUGUAUAUUUUGAUGUGCCCUGCAGUUCUAGAAUUUGAUAUAGUAUUUGAUGAAUUGAUAAUGCAUAACCCUUGCAGGGCAAUAUAAAGUAUUCUACUGCUGUGUGUUUGCUAACAAAAUGUGCUGUGCCAUAUCUGCUUGUGUUGUGAUGUGAGCUCAACCUACAGUUGCAAAAGUAUUAGGGAUGUAACGAUUCAUCGAUUCGCAUUUGUCCCUGAAUCUGAUGUUUAAGAUACCAGUGCAUCCGUCUGCCGACCCCAAACCUAUCCAAAUGUAGCAUGCAUCAGUCAGAAAAUCGAUUCAAACGAUACGAAUUGCCAGUUCGUUUUUUUUCUCCCUUCAUAUAAAUUUCUUUCUACCUUCCGAAAAUACCUAAUAUUUUGCGACAACUGAUGCUUCCUUUCCUUCAGUGUCGAACUGCAUGUAACUGUUGACAGACAUUUAUCUACAAGUCAUUUUGCAGGCCGAACAACCCCAGGCAAUAUCAGUAGCCUAGUCAAACUGCGCACUGUGCCCAGCUUCGCGCACUGAUCAACCUGAAGUAGGCAGCCUGUUCCUUGCACAUCUGUGCGGCACCUUCAGCAUUCAAAUGCUAAAAUGGCUUGCGUGAUAUUAGGCUUUAUUAGUGGAGUGACAUCCUAUGUCAUUUGCUAGGUUAUUGUUAUCUAUGCACUGUUUAAAACGUUUUUUACCGUAGUAAAAGGAAGCUACCGGAGACAACUCUCAUCUGGCUACACCAGCUGAACAGGGCUUACAAUAGAUUUUAUUUUUGAUUGUUCUGGUUCACCAUCAGCAAUAGUUUUGGUAGUUUUUCUUAAAAGAGCAGUGUAAAUGGUCAUUUUUAGAUAUAAAGUUGAUAAUUUUCAUAACGUGGAACGCAAUCAGUUUUGCGAGGCUCAAUGCGUGGUCAAAGCGCGAGAAGAUCACGCUGUAAAAACUUCCAAACGGUCAAAGCCAUUUGAUUUUGAGAUGGGGUGAAAUCCAAAGUUGUGCUAUAUAUUCAUUGGCUAUGUCAUAGCUAAUUUGUAAACAAUCAAUAUUGAUACAUUACUAGCUCAAAUACUUAAUCUGCAAAAAUGACAAGUUACUUAGUGUGUGAUGGUGAUUUCAGAACCAACGUGGGGGGACAAAAACAUAUGAUAGUGGUAGCUGCCUAGUCUCCCUUAUGGCUCAGCUCUACAUACAGUAGUACAUAUACUAUAGACCAAGGGUAUUCAACUCUUACCCUAGGAGGUCCGGAGCCUGCUGGUUUUCUGUUCUACCUGAUAAUUAAUUGCACCCACCUGGUGUGCCUGGCAUGGCCUAAAAAAAACGUUUUGGCCCACCAGCCACUGUGGCAGGUAGAUGAAAAAUCUACCAGCCACUCAGAUUUUACAUUAAAUUACAUUAAAAGACGAAAACAAUUAUGACCAUGCUUUGUAAUGUUUUUAAAACAUGCUCAAUUUCAUUUCAUUUUUUGUGACCCGAGUCAAACCGAAAUAUCAGAUGAGACCAAAUGUUUUUUCCAUGCCACAUUUUUUUACACAAAACAUACCAAAUUAUUUUGUCCUUUAAAAACCCGCUGUAUGUAAAAUAGUGUGUGCUAUAGCUUGGGAAAUAAACGUGACUCGAUGACAACAUAAUGAUCUUUGUUUCCAACAUUAGGGUUGUUUACCUAAAGAAGUUAAAUCCACUUUGUGUUUUGUUUCCUUGCCACGAUACUAACGAGUAUUGCGGUACUGGUCCCGGCCCUAGCGUUUAUGCAACAAAUGUUAGUGCAUCGAACCAAAUCGCAUCGAUUCGAUCUCUAAUCAAACCGAAUUGCACUGAAUCAUUUCAAACUAAAACGUAUCAUUCCUGUAUCGGAGCCCAUGUAUCUAGAUGCGUAUCGAAUCAUAUUGAAAGGGAAAGAUCUCUAAAAAGUAUAUCCUGUGACUGGCCCUUGCUUUUGUCAUUUGAAGUACUAUGAUAAUAUAUUUUUUUAAAAUCUGUUUAAUCGGUGACGAGCCUUGAGGACAGGUGAGAUGCAGAGUAGAACACUAUACAUGCUGUAUGAAGUCUGACUGUGCCACCUCACUGUGUUUUCCUGCUAAUGCGUCGCGCCCCUCUCUCAAGGAGGCUGUGACCGGGGCGUCCAUCUUGGGGGCGAUGGCCGGGGCAAACCAGAUGAGCCAAAUGGGUUCUAUGGGACAAAUGGGCAUCCCUCAGGCAGUCAUGGCUGCCCAGGCCCCCGGAAUGAUCACAGGUGUGUAUUGAGAUGUGUGAGUACGAAGGGUAUUGUCCACUGACUUACACACUCACUUACAGUGGGGAGAACAAGUAUUUGAUACACUGCCAAUUUUGCAGGUUUUCCUACUUACAAAGCAUGUAGAGGUCUGUAAUUUUUAUCAUAGGUACACUCCAACUGUGAGAGACGGAAUCUAAAACAUAAAUCCAGAAAAUCACAUUGUAUGAUUUUUAAGUAAUUAAUUUGCAAUUUAUUGCAUGACAUAAGUAUUUGAUCACCUACCAACCAGUAAGAAUUCCGGCUCUCACAGACCUGUUAGUUUUUCUUUAAGAAGCCCUCCUGUUCUCCACUCAUUACCUGAAUUAACUGCACCUGUUUGAACUCGUUACCUGUAUAAAAGACACCUGUCCACACACUCAAUCAAACAGACUCCAACCUCUCCACAAUGGCCAAGACCAGAGAGCUGUGUAAGGACAUCAGGGAUACAAUUCUAGACCUGCACAAGGCUGGGAUGGGCUACAGGACAAUAGGCAAGCAGCUUGGUGAGAAGGCAACAACUGUUGGCACAAUUAUUAGAAAAUGGAAGAUUUUCAAGAUGACGGUCAAUCACCCUCGGUCUGGGGCUCCAUGCAAGAUCUCACCUCGUGGGGGCAUCAAUGAUCAUGAGGAAGGUGAGGGAUCAGCCCAGAACGACAUGGCAGGACCUGGUCAAUGACCUGAAGAGAGCUGGGACCACAGUCUCAAAGAAAACCAUUAGUAACACACUACGUCGUCAUGGAUUAAAAUCCUGCAGCGCAUGCAAGGUCCCCCUGCUCAAGCCAGCGCAUGUCCAGGCCCGUCUGAAGUUUGCCAAUGACCAUCUGGAUGAUCCAGAGGAGGAAUGGGAGAAGGUCAUGUGGUCUGAUGAGACAAAAAUAUAGCUUUUUGGUCUAAACUCCACUCGCCGUGUUUGGAGGAAGAAGAAGGAUGAGUACAACCCCAAGAACACCAUCCCAACCGUGAAGCAUGGAGGUGGAAACAUCAUUCUUUGGGGAUGCUUUUCUGCAAAUGGGACAGGACAACUGCACCGUAUUGAGGGGAGGAUGGAUGGGGCCAUGUAUCGCGAGAUCUUGGCCAACAACCUCCUUCCCUCAGUAAGAGCAUUGAAGAUGGGUCGUGGCUGGUUCUUCCAGCAUGACAACGACCCGAAACACAAAGCCAGGGCAACUAAGGAGUGGCUCUGUAAGAAGCAUCUCAAGGUCCUGGAGUGGCCUAGCCAGUCUCCAGACCUGAACCCAAUAGAACAUCUUUGGAGGGAGCUGAAAGUCCGUAUUGCCCAGCGACAGCCCUAUAACCUGAAGGAUCUGGAGUAGGUCUAUAUGGAGGAGUGGGUCAAAAUCCCUGCUGCAUUGUGUGCAAACCUGGUCAAGACCUACAGGAAACGUAUGAUGUCUGUAAUUGCAAACAAAGGUUUCUGUACCAAAUAUUAAGUUCUGCUUUUGUGAUGUAUCAAAUACUUAUGUCAUGCAAUAAAAUGCAAAUGAAUUACUUAAAAAUCAUACAAUGUGAUUUUCUGGAUUUUUGUUUUAGAUUCCGUCUCUCACAGUUGAAGUGUACCUAUGAUAAAACAUUACAGACCUCUACAUGCUUUGUAAGUAGGAAAACCUGCAAAAUCGGCAGUGUAUCAAAUACUUGUUCUCCCCACUGUAGGUCUGUUUGAAUCUUUUAGAGAAUAAGAGGAUCGUUUGAAUGAUUUUAAAGUGUGUCUCUUAUCUACUCAAUACAACAGUGUUGAGGGAUUAUCUAGUUAACCAGGUUGUCGUUUUUUUCCAUCUGAACCUGGUCAUUAAAUUGUGUUGUAAAAUCUUGACUACGAGUAGGUUGACAUGAGACCGAUAAGAGAAACAAGGGAAUUGCAACAGAGGAUUUCACUCCUAUGAAGGGCAAAGCAUGUCUCAUAGAAACUAUAUCAAUGAAGUCUACCAUGACUCGUCGGUUUUUUCGACCAAUUGACUGGUCUACAUUUUCAAACGUCUAUUUUUCAAUAUAGACACACCCUAUGUGUUUUAAUAAAAUCAACUAUAUGUAGGCUAUUGAGCUUGUCUGGUGUUUUAAGCACACUUUGAUUAAAUAAUUAAGACACACAAAUGACUCAAGAGGGAGAUAGAUAUCAAGCUAGCCUAACCAGAAGAAAAAAACCUGUUCCCGAACCACCACCUCCCACUGCUGCUGCUGGCAUUCGCAGAUUCUGCCAUUAUGCUCCUAAAGUUGCUACACCAUGGGUCGGUAACCUUUUCCAUUUGGAGUGCCAACUUAUCUUACCAUUUCUACUGAUCUGCGUGCCAGUUAUGAUUUUCAUAUGCACAUUUUCAUGGAACAGUUUAAUUUAUUUUAUAAUAAAGUCAUAUCUCAAAAUCAUUUGUGUGAUUUAAUAAAAAUUAUAUCUAAAUCUAAAUGAAAAUUAUUCAAAUCUAAAAGUAACUUCUAUUGCGAUUGCCAACUAUGUAAAAAUAGCCUACGAAUAAAAACAUUGCAGCCUGCAGGUAGAAAAUAUCCUGAUAAAAAUAAAUCAUAUUGGCUACGCAUGGCCUGUCUGCAAGAAACUUGAAACAUUGUAUCAACUAUCAACUUGGUCCAGCCUGAAGCUUGCACUAACAAACUUGCAACAUUGUAGAAAAUAUACUGGACCCUCAGUUUCCAGUGCUAGUGAGAUCCAGACAGACACAGCUGUAGGCUAUUUGCGCAAGGUAUAAGAAGUAAUCAGGUAGGCCUAUUUUAGGACUUUUCCACCUUUUCAAGCUGUGUGGUUAUCAAAAGGGAGAGAGCUGGAAUGAUUUUUCAAAUAGGCUACAUUGAGGAACUAUUGUCAUUCUCAAUGGAUGUAAAAACAGACUUAGUUUACUUGCUGUUUGAGGUGAAGAAAAAUUACAGUCAGAAAUACUAUCAGUAAAUGUGCACAUUUAUAAGCCUACAUUUGCGCGCAGGCCAGGUAGCCUAGGCCUACUUCUAUGCGUAAUCAGGUGCGCGUCCUUACUCAACAUUGACUGGAGCGCUCCAAACAAAACACAAUGAAUAAAUUGACAACUCGUAAAUGGAAUGAAAUAAACCAAAACUUGUUACUCACAAGUGUAGCCUAGAUUGUGCACUCUGCAAACGUGUCCACUCUGACAAUGAGAACGGCAAAAGACUGUAAUAUUAAUGUAUUGAAUGCAUCAACAGAAAUUACGGUAAACAAACAUUGUAGAUUAGAAAUGAUGGGAAUUAACAGUAAAUAUGCUACUGGUGAUACUGGUCUGCCAUCCCCACGGCCUCCGCAAUGGUUUAGUCCACUGAGACAGGCGUCAAUCAAGACAUGCCAUAAUUAUUAAAACAUUUUUGCAACAGCUCGGCUAAAAUAUUAUCGUCGACCAACAGCUUAUCGACCAAACAAUCGACCAGUCGACUAAAUGGGGUAAGCCCUAACACUGAGUAUACAAAACAUUAAGAACACCUGCUGUUUCCAUGACAGACUGACCAGGUGAAAGCUAUGAUCCCUUAUUGAUGUCACUUGUUAAAUCCACUUCAAUCAGUGUAGAUGAAGGGGAGGAGACAGGUUAAAGAAGGAUUUUUAAGCCUUGAGACAUUUGAGCCAUGGAUUGUGUAUGUGUGCCAUUCAGUGGGUGAAUGGGCAAGACAAAAUAUGUAAGUGCCUUUAAACAGGGUAUGAUAGUAGGUGCCAGGCGCACCGGUUUGUGUCAAGAACUGCAAUGCUGCUGGGUUUUUCACUCAACAGUUUCCUGUGUGUGUCAAGAAUGGUCCACCACCCAAAGGAUAUCCAGCCAACUUGACACAAUUGUGGGAAGCAUUGGAGUCAACAUGGGCCAGCAUCCCUGUGUGGAACUCUUUCGACCCAUUGUAAAGUCCAUGCCCCGACGAAUUGAGGCUGUUCUGAGGGCAAAAUGGGGGAGGAGGGUGCAACUCAAUAUUAGGAAGGUGUUCCUAAUAUUUGGUGUACUCUGUGCAUAUUUGUAUGGCUGACGCAUGUAAAUGUCCCUCUCAUGUCCCUGUAGGUGUGACGCCAGUGCGUCCUACCCUGCCAGUGCUGCCCCAGGUGGGCCUGGUCAACCCUGUGCUGGCCUCGCCGCCCGUGAUCACCAACCCAGCCCAACCCAACCCCUCCCUGCAAGAGCUGCAGAAGAAGAAGCAAGAGGAGAAGGAGAAGCUGCAGGACGGGACAGGCCAGGAGAUGUUGAGCGACCAAGAAAACAUGAGCAUCUCAGGCAGCAGCGCCAGACACAUGGUCAUGCAGAAACUGCUGAGGAAAUCAGAGGUAAGACCAGACAUGAAGACAUUCGCCGCUUUGAUCUCAAAAUAGGCCAUCCACGUGAAUUGUGUAGAUCCGAAGAAUAUGCUUCUCAUAUCGGAAUAAUUGACUGAGGACAGAAUGCAUCCCUACGCGCGUUCUACAAAGAGAAUAUCAAACCGAGUCAUCAGAAUGAGUGCUUCAUCCAAUAUCACGCGUGACAGAUGUGAUCAGCCCGGUGCAUCCUACCAGCCAUUACUCACCUGCUUGUCUCCGUCCACUCUUUUUGCGCAUCUCCAUCAGUUUUAAAAUAGAAUUUAGCCGUGAUGACGAGCUGGGGUGUGCGGACACUGAUGAGUCUUCUGUUUGUUUAAUUGAUCGGGUAGGCUGUUUUUGAAAAGGGUUAUGUCCCCCCCACUUCUAAAACCAAAGUUGCACCCCUGGUCUAAGGUGUAAAGUAGGCUAAAGAUGGUUUCAUAUAGUUUUAUAGGCCUUUGGAUAUGAGCAAAUCAGCCAUUUUCUGCAGUAGCCUAUUCUAUUAUACAGUAUGAAGUUAAAUUCAAUGUGUUGUAUUGAGUAUAGGUGUGAAUAUCAGGGGCAGGUUUUUGUGUAACACAGGUGCAGAACGUAUAGAAAACGAUGGGACAGGAUGCAAAUAAAUGUUUUCUUGCACUUCACACCGAUUAUAAACGUGUUUCCAUGCUCACCAGUUUGCUUCUGUGAUAUUUGCCUUGUUUCAUGGCAUACAUUUCACAAAAUGUGCAGUACUUUCACUGAAAAGUAGAUAUUUUUUGACAUGUUGUCACGCUCCUCCCCAGUCUACGGUGAUGGUGUUACGGAACAUGGUGGGGCCGGAGGACAUCGAUGACGACCUGGAGGGUGAGGUAACCGAGGAGUGUGGCAAGUUUGGUGCCGUCAACCGGGUCAUCAUCUACCAGGAGAAGCAGGGCGAGGAGGAAGAUGCCGAGAUCAUCGUCAAGAUCUUUGUGGAGUUCUCCAUGGCCUCGGAGAUGAACAAGGCCAUCCAGGCACUCAACGACCGCUGGUUCGGGGGUCGCAAGGUCAUCGCGGAGGUCUAUGACCAAGAGCGCUUCAACAGCAGCGACCUCUCCGCAUAAACUGUCUGAAAUGGUCGCCCAACACCCCAUCCCAUACCCGUUGCUCAAAUUCACUUCAGCCACUAUCACUGCUGCUAGAGAUUUGAGACUCUUUUUAACUUGUAUUUUUUUUAAAUUGAUGUUAAUAUUAAUAUUAUUAAUGGUCUCUUUUGAGGGCUUGGUUAAGAAAAGAAUAUUUGCGCCUUGUGGAUUUAGUUUUUUCACCUACUAUGAAGACUUGAUUUCUUUUUGUAUUAUUUGCAGGUUUUUUUGUAAUCAAAUUGAGAAAAGUCAUGAUUGGGUUUUACCCCCUUUUUAAGUUUGCCAAUGUUUGCUCUUCUAACAUUGUCAGGACUCUUUAAACAUUGUUUUAGAGCCAUUGGUUCCAGUUUCCUCAUACAAAUAAAAUCUUCAACUAUGCAAAUGUCUGUUAUGAAUUUCUUAUGGGUUUGGGAUGGAAAAAUCCUUUCAAAUACUAACAUUCCAGAUUUAUUAUAUCAGUUGAAACUUCAAUUAUU